GAAGCACACAACCUCAAUCUUGAUAUUCAUUUUAAACCAACUGAAACGGUGACACACUUUUUAGGCACUAUGACAACCAAACCUCUAGCCUCAAAUCUAUCAGCUCCACUGCCAGCUGCGACACAACCGUCUCGUAGUGCAGAACGAGGCAUGUACUUGCCAUCUGAACGUGACCGAGCCAUGUACUUGCCAUCUGAUGAACGAAGGGCAGCACCACCAAGGGGUACUGAGCGUGGAAUUCCCUUUCCAUAUGAUGACAACAGGGCGGCCUUACAACCGAGCAGAGAUGCUGAACAAUACCUGCUGCAGUCUGAUCAUAGCAGCAGGCCGCAACUGUCUAGAGUUACUGAACAUGGCAUGCGCUUGCCAUCUGAUAAUCACGAAGGCCUUCCGCUUAUGCUGUCGAGAGGUACAGAACGAGGAGGCAUCUUUCUCACAUCUGAUGAUCACUCCCUUGCUAGGCAGGUUGAGCAGCUGCACAACCCUGAUGCUCGUAACGUUAAUAUCAGACCACUUUUCCUUCUUGUUCAGGAUAUUAUCGAACAUGCAACUCAAACUGUUGAUGGGAUUUCCCUGAAUGCUAUCUCACAGAAGGAACCCAUGAAUCCGAAAUUUAGCCUUGAUGGCUUUCAGGAAGUUCCAGAAUUGCCACUUAUUGUUGAAAGAAUAUCCUGUGAGAUCACGAGCAAGGUGCUGAGUGGUGUUGAUGCACACAACACGACCCUGUCAGUUCUGAGCAUGUUGCAACACUUUUCAUGGGAAGCCAAGGUGGUGCUAUCACUAGCAGCAUUUGCAUUGACCUUUGGAGACUUUUGGCUUCUUGUUCAAAUUUACUCCACAAACUCCCUCGCGAAAUCCAUGGCGCUUAUCAAGAGAUUACCAAUGAUGGUAGAGCACGAAGGAGGCUUUAAGAACCAAUUUGAAGCCACUAAUGUUCUUAUUAGAGCCAUGCUUGAAACUAUCAAAUGUAUGGUUGAGUUUGGAGAGUUACCAACAGUUUACAUUACAGCUGAGGAUCCUGAAGUCAAGGCUGCAAUAUCUCAUUUUCCAAUUGCUGUUUAUUGGGUCAUUAGAAGUGCUGUGGCUGCUGCUACCCACAUUACAACUUUGUCUAGCAGAGGACUUGAAUACGGGACAGCUACUUCACAGUCGUGGGAGCUUUCCAAUUGGGCGCACAAGCUUAAAAAUAUCAGUGAUCAUCUCAGGAACACGCUGUCGAAAUUAUACCAUCUCAUAGGGGAAAAAAGAGAUGUUGAUACUUAUAACAUGAUAAGAAAAAUCGUCUAUCAGACAAUUCAUAUUGAUAACAUGAAAGUUCUGUAUGCCCUCAUUUCUGCCAAUGAUGAUGUGCCUCCAUUGUAUGAUGGUCCAGCCAAGAGACGGGUUCAUCUUGACACCUUACGGAGGAAAAACGUGUUAUUGCUCAUAUCAGGCCUCGAUAUCACUCAAGAAGAGUUGUUUAUUCUUGAGCAAAGCUACACUGAAUCGAAAGUACAUUCAUACGACAUUGUAUGGAUUCCAGUUGUCGAUCAUUCAGUCGAAUGGUCAGAUAUGAUGCAAGCUAAGCUUGAGAAUUUGCAGGCUACGAUGCCUUGGUACUCGGUGCAUCACCCAUCACUGAUCAGAAAUGCAGUGGUUAAGUUCUUUAGAGAAGAUUGGCACUUCAGAGGUAAGCCUAUUCUUGUAGUGCUGGAUCCUCAAGGGAAAGUUGUCAGUCCAAAUGCAAUCCACAUGAUGUGGAUUUGGCAAAACAAUGCUUUCCCCUUCACAAGCACAAGGGAGGAGAAUCUUUGGGAACAAGAGACUUGGAGGCUUGAGCUGCUGGUUAAUGGCAUCGACCCAAAAAUUUUGGAUUGGAUUCGAGAUGGAAAGUACAUUUUCAUUUAUGGAGGAGAUGACAUAGAAUGGAUUCGGAAGUUCACAAGGGAGGCACACGCAGUUGCGCGUGCUCUGCAAGUGUCAAUGGAAAUGGUGUAUGUAGGGAGGAGUCACAACAAAGAACUGGUGCGAAAAGUUGGUGAAGCUAUAAUGGUUGAGCAACUGAGCCAUUGUUGGCAAGACCCUACCCAAGUGUGGUACUUCUGGACAAGAAUAGAGAGUAUGAUUUUCUCCAAAAUACAGCUAGGAAGAGUCCAUGAUCACGGCGAUGUCAUACUACAAGAAAUCCAGAGGAUUCAUAGCCACGACAAGUCCCACGGUGGAUGGGCUAUUUUAGCCAAAGGAUCAACAAUCAUGGUUCAUGGACAGGGAAAACUUGUGUUGUUUACCCUCCAAGAACUCGAGCUUUGGAAGGAGAAAGCACUUAACGACGGGUUUGAAGUUGGAUAUGGAAACCAUUAUCGAGAGCUUCAUCGAAAAGAAUUUCCUUGUCAUCGUAUCGAGUUCCCUGCAACCAUCAGGGUUCCUCAGAGUAUGCUCUGCCCUGACUGUCGUCGCCACAUGAAAAACUUCAACUCCUUCAUCUGCUGCCAUGAGGAUGCCAUUGGUGGAUCAGAGUUUGCUCCUGCUUUGGAAUAUGCUGAAUACUAAUAGUAUUGGUGUGCUAACCAUUUUGAGAUAUAUGUCAUUUUGUUGAUUUCUACCUUGUUGUUUAAUUAUUGCAAGUCAUGUACUAAAUAAUUUCUUAAAGAGUGAAUGGUGAUUUUGAACUUAAUUUAUUAGUGGUUGUAAAAGAUGUUUAUGGAUACAAAUUUAUGUAAUAUGAAAGUGUUUUGUUUGCAU